AUGAGCGCCACCUCGACGAGAGAGGCUGGUGCUGCCUCCUCACCUCGCACCUUCGCAGCCCAACACCAGCGCCCUAGGAAUAGCUAUGUGGGCUGCUCCAGGAUUAGCGACUAUGAGCUCAUGGGCAAGCUGGGCGAGGGUACCUUUGGCGAGGUGCACCGGGCACAGUCAAAGAAGACAGGUGCCAUGGUGGCCUUGAAGAAGAUUAUCAUGCAUAAUGAAAAGGACGGGUUUCCCAUCACGGCCCUCCGAGAAAUCAAGCUUCUCAAACUACUAUCGCACCCGAAUGUCUUGCGACUGGAGGACAUGGCAGUAGAACAUCCCCCCAGAAGCACCGACAAGCGCAAACGACCCAUCAUGUACAUGGCCACACCGUACAUGGACCAUGAUCUUUCCGGCCUGCUUGACAAUCCUAGCGUCAAGUUCACUAUACCACAGAUAAAGUGCUACAUGUUGCAACUCCUCGAGGGCCUCAGAUACCUACAUGAGAACCACAUCCUCCACCGAGAUAUGAAGGCUGCGAACUUGCUCAUCAGCAACAAAGGUAUUCUCCAGAUUGCCGACUUCGGUCUCGCGAGACAUUACGAAGGACCGACCCCCAAGUCAGGCUUCGGAGGUGGAGAGGGCCGUCGAGAUUACACAAGCUUAGUCGUUACAAGAUGGUACCGGCCGCCUGAGCUCCUGAUGCACCUGAAGAAAUAUACAACUGCAAUCGAUCUAUGGGGCGUUGGGUAG